GGUUCCGCUACCCCUCCACACGCUUCAAACUUGAAAGAGCAUGGCUCGGUGCCGCGGGCAGCUAGCUGUGCAGAGCUCAAACAAUUCUUCAUCGAGUAGAGUUGGUGUUUCCUUGGUGGGCGUCAUGGUUAUUCUUGUUGUUGGCGGCUUCAUAAUGGAAAUUGUUGCAGCAGCAGGCUGAUCUGCUAGCUCUAAUACGCACUGUCCCCUACCACUCCAGAAGUUUCCACCAUGAGACACAGCCUUGCGCAGCCUUUGCAGGCGGUGCUGAGGUUGCCACUGUUGAGCAGGUCACAGGGCAUCCCACAAGCAGCCUCACCAGAUGGUGCCUUUGCUUUGCUCGCGUUGUCACAAGCGGGGGCUACUUUUGCGUUCUCUCACUUACGGGGUGUUCGACCGUUGCAGUCGGCAGCUAGCCACCUGCGCGCAGCUCUUCAGCUACACCUGUUGCAAGAUGUUAAACAGGUGUCCCUUUCAAGGCAGGCCUAUAACCAGAGUUCAACAAGAGCUUCCUCAGAUCAGCGAAAUAGAGAAGGUCCUGCUGCGCUCGUGAAUCGCUUCCUUCAUUCACAACCAAAUCCCAACUCUCCGCCGAUACCACCUAUCAAAAGCUCGCCACACACGAAUGGUUUUCAUUCACUUCCCGUGCGUAGCCGCUUCUCCUCAGCAGCAUCCAUUGGUACAUCGCCAGUUCGAGCGAUCCAUUCAGCCACUGUUCAAACAUCCUCUUCCCCUCAGCCGAGCAAACCGGUCGAUAUCCUCGAUAGCAAGCUACACGAAGCCUGCGUACCUGACAUAGGGACAAAGGGAGCAGUGGGGCUAAACCCUUUCACCAAGCAGCAGCAUACGGUUCCUUUGCCACCACUUCCCCCCUCCGCAGCGGCGGCGUUUGAGAGGCACACUGCGCAGGCGUAUCAAGGGGAACAGGAGCACAUACCAAAACCGACGGCGGAUGACCAGCAUAUGACAGCUCGGGGAUGCUAUAUAGCUCGCAGGAUCAAUCUUGGGAAGUUGGUCGAGGGCGCGUAUCCGGAUCGGACUGUAAACCACAGGGGCAACAAUGUCAUCGUACGCUUCAAGGACCGGAAGACUCCUCCGACGGGGCACAAACAGGGCGCCAGGUUGUUUGCCCCUCGGUGGAUGAUCGUGUUUGACUACGGCGCCCUGGUGUUCUUCAAUUUUGACCAGAGCGAGCUGGCAGCGGAACUCCAGGUGGUGUCGCAGUUCUGCGAGACGGCGCUCGAAGAACGCAUGACGGAUGAUUACGGGGUGUUUGUGCGCCACAGCCUGGAAAAGUACUCUGUCGGGGGCCCGGACUACGUGCUGAUUCGGGACCUGAACGAGAAUGCGAUUCGGGUGAUCGGAAGCAUUCUGGGCCAGAGCGUUGCUCUUGACCACUACACUGUCGAGGUGGACCGCAUGAUUGCGCGCUUCGGGCAGUUGAACAAGGACAUGAUGGAGCUGGGCAGCUUCACGAUUACGCGCAAGGACCUCUUCAAGCUGAUCGGGGUCGUCAACACCACCAUUACUGACGUCAUCAUCAAGCUGGAGCUGCUCAACAGGUCGGACACUGCCUGGAAGUUUGCAGAUUACGGCAAGAUCUGGGAGUACAUGCGAGGGGAUUUCGACAUCGCGGACCGGUUCGACAGUCUCAACUACAAGCUCUCGGUCAUUCAAGCAAACGUCAAGUUCUUUCUCGGCGUCCUCCAGAAUCGGAAGUCCGAUACGUUAGAGUGGAUCAUCAUUGCUUUGAUUUCUGCCGAGAUCAUUCUUGGCAUCUACGAUAUUCUUCGGACAGCAGCAGGUUGAUUAAGCGUCGUCAUUGUUUGUCCUCGUCAUUGAUAUUUGAGGUGAUCUGCUCUCAAUACGAUUGUCAAUGAAAUUGAAGGCACUUACAUCUGGUUCUGAGAAACGAUAUCUCCAAGCUCCGGCUGCCACACCCGUUGCGCAGCGUCACUCAAACGCGAAUUAAGCAAUUCUUUCG